AAGAGAAGCCCCGCCCAUGCGGAGGGGGUGGGGCAGGGGCGGAGUCGGAGGCGUCAGGGAAGGAACAAAGCGCGGCCUGCGGGAGGCGGCUGGGCUCGGCCGGUGGGGCCCCGGGGUGCGGGCCCUGCGGGCGGCAACCCAAGCAGAGCAUUGGAGGGAAGGAGGCGGCAUUAUCGUCCGCGCCGGCCCGGCCAUGAAUGGGUUGCCCUCGGCCGAGGCGCCGGGCGGUGCGGGCUGCCCCCUGGCCGGACUCCCGCCGCUACCGCGCGGCCUCAGCGGUCUCCUUAACGCGAGCGGGGGCUCGUGGCGGGAGCUGGAGCGCGUCUACAGCCAGCGCAGCCGUAUUCACGAUGAGCUGAGCCGUGCGGCCCGCAUCCCAGAAGGGCCCCGCGGCGCCACAGGCGCCACCAACGCCGGACCUGCCGCCGGUCCUCCUGGCCCGCGGCGUCCUGUCAACCUCGACUCGGCAUUAGCAGCGCUGCGCAAGGAGAUGGUGGGGUUGCGGCAGCUGGACAUGUCCCUGCUGUGCCAGCUGUGGGGCCUGUAUGAGUCAAUCCAGGACUACAAGCACCUAUGUCAAGACUUGAGCCUGUGCCAGGACCUGUCAUCCUCUCUGCAUUCAGACAGCUCUUACCCACCUGAUGCUGGCCUAUCUGAUGAUGAUGAACCUCCUGAUGCCAGCCUGCCUCCGGACCCACCACCCCUCACUGUGCCCCAGACGCACAAUGCCCGUGACCAGUGGCUGCAAGAUGCCUUCCAUAUCAACCUCUGAAGGGGUGGGGGUGGGGUAUACUCAUGCAAAAGGCUCAAAAACUCACCCCCCAGCAAGUACUCAGACUAUAGUGCCUGCUUUCCCCCAUACCACCUCAGGCACAACUGCCAACCCCCUCUCUUGUCUUGGGUUAGCUGGCACUGGGGCAGGCACCUGGGCUACAGCCUCUGCCCAUGGACCUCCACUUCCACAUGUAUGCUCCCCAGCUUGGCCAACCUUCAGUCUGGCAGUGGGACCCAAAGCAUCUUACACUUCCCUUGGUGUCUCUGGAAUUGGGAUGAGUGUCUGGCUCCCGUCUCCUUUUCACCUUUUGCUGCUGUUGGCAGCUGCUGGCUCAGGAGCAUCCCACCUCUGGUCCCUGGGUUCCACUGCCCUAGAUAAGGACUCCAGGACCCAUUCUUGCACCCAUUCACAGCUGGGAGGGCCAAGGCUCCGUGCUGGAUAUUUAAGUUUAGGGGCCAGCCUGCUGGGCGCAUAGAUAAAUAAAUACUCUCAGCGUUCCAGUGUUCUGACUACUUGGCUC